GGAUACGAGGGAGUGUGUGUAAGGUAAGAGUUGUGUACGUACGGAAACUCCCGCCAAAAAUAACCUGGUCUAGCAGUUAGCUCCUUGUAGGCGAGAAACUCUUUCCCUGCGGCCGCAGCUCUGCCCGCCGCUUGCUCCCGGGGACAGGGACUGGAAGUUGGGGAUGGGUUGAGAGACGGUUCCUGGGACUGCAGAAUGGGUAGAGGCAGGCACUGUCGACUCUUCAAAAUCGCUACUGAAGUGUGCGUUCCCUCCCCAGAGGCUCCUUGCCUCUGGAGGGUUGGGGAAUGCGUCGCCCUUGGCUGGGGCUGCUUCUGAAACCGGUCUAGUGCCCCCAGGGCUUCGGGAACCUCAACAGAGUUGCUGUCACGGUUCUGUUGCCUUUUACUCCAAAUGGUGUUGUGUGCCUGCCUCAUUUGGCUCCUCAGCCAGGCUUAUCUUUGCGGUUUCCUGUUGCCAUGAGGAAGCCUCGUCGAAAGUCACGGCAGAAUGCCGAGGGCCGGAGGUCCCCAUCCCCUUACAGUCUUAAGUGCUCACCCACAAGAGAGACCUUGACCUACGCCCAGGCCCAGAGGAUUGUGGAGGUUGACAUCGAUGGCCGCCUCCAUCGCAUCAGCAUUUAUGACCCUCUCAAGAUCAUCACUGAAGAUGAGCUCACCGCGCAGGAUAUCACCGAGUGCAACAGCAACAAGGAAAACAGUGAGCAGCCUCAGUUCCCCGCCAAGUCCAAGAAACCCUCGUCUAAAGGCAAGAAGAAGGAGUCCUGCUCCAAGCAUGCAUCAGGCACCUCCUUCCACCUCCCGCAGCCCAGCUUCCGUGUGGUGGAUACAGGUAGCCAGCCGGAAGCACCCCCAUUGCCUGCUGCUUAUUACCGCUACAUUGAGAAGCCCCCCGAAGAGCUGGAUGCAGAGGUGGAAUAUGACAUGGACGAGGAGGACCUUGCCUGGCUAGACAUGGUAAAUGAGAAGCGCCGCGUAGACGGGCACAGUUCGGUGUCGGCAGAUACCUUCGAGCUGCUGGUGGACCGGCUGGAGAAGGAGUCGUACUUGGAGAGUCGCAGCAGCGGCGCUCAGCAGUCACUAAUUGAUGAAGACGCCUUCUGCUGUGUGUGCCUGGAUGACGAAUGCCACAACAGUAACGUCAUCCUGUUCUGUGACAUCUGCAACCUAGCCGUGCACCAGGAGUGCUAUGGCGUCCCCUAUAUCCCAGAGGGCCAGUGGCUCUGCCGCUGCUGUCUGCAGUCUCCCUCUCGGCCGGUGGAUUGUGUCCUUUGCCCCAAUAAAGGUGGGGCCUUCAAACAGACCAGUGAUGGUCACUGGGCCCAUGUAGUCUGUGCCAUCUGGAUCCCUGAAGUCUGCUUUGCUAAUACCGUGUUCCUGGAGCCUAUUGAGGGCAUCGACAACAUUCCACCUGCCCGCUGGAAACUAACCUGUUACAUCUGCAAGCAGAAAGGACUGGGUGCUGCCAUCCAGUGCCAUAAAGUGAACUGCUACACUGCCUUCCACGUGACAUGCGCACAGCGGGCUGGACUCUUCAUGAAGAUUGAACCCAUGAGAGAAACCAGCCUCAAUGGCACCAUCUUUACUGUGCGGAAGACAGCCUACUGUGAGGCCCACUCUCCGAGAAAGGGCGACUCACCCAGAAGCCUCAGUGAGGCAGGGGACGAGGAUGGGCUGAAAGAGGGUGGCAGGGAAGAGGAAGAGGAAGAAGCAGGGGAGGAAGAUCAGGAAGGUCAUGGUGGGGUGGGCAGCCUCCUCAAGGGGGUGUCCAAGAAGAAUAAGAUGAGUUCAAAGCAGAAGAUCAAGAAGGAGCCAGAGGAAGCUAGCCGAGAGACACCUUCCACCAUUGUCCCCAUGGUCACUGUCCCACAGAUACCCUCUUACAGGUUGAACAAGAUCUGUAGUGGUCUGUCCUUUCAGAGGAAAACCCAGUUCAUGCAGCGGCUCCACAACUACUGGCUGUUGAAACGGCAGGCUCGGAAUGGUGUCCCCCUCAUCAGGCGCCUGCACUCCCACUUACAGUCCCAGAGAAACGCCGAGCAGCGGGAGCAGGACGAGAAGACAAGUGCCGUGAAGGAAGAGCUGAAGUACUGGCAGAAACUCCGGCACGACCUGGAGCGGGCGCGCCUGCUGAUCGAGCUCAUCCGCAAAAGGGAGAAACUCAAGAGGGAGCAGGUCAGGGUGCAGCAGGCUGCCAUGGAGCUGGAGCUGAUGCCAUUCACAGUCCUGCUGAGGACAACUCUGGACCUGCUUCAGGAGAAGGACCCUGCACACAUCUUUGCUGAACCUGUCAGCCUGGAUGAGGUUCCAGAUUACCUGGAAUUCAUAUCCAAGCCAAUGGAUUUUUCUACUAUGAGGCGGAAGCUGGAAUCUCACCUGUACCACACCUUGGAGGAGUUUGAGGAGGACUUUAACCUUAUAGUUACCAACUGCAUGAAGUAUAACGCUAAAGACACAAUUUUCCACCGAGCAGCUGUUCGCCUGCGGGACCUGGGAGGGGCCAUCCUGCGGCACGCUCGUCGGCAGGCAGAGAACAUCGGCUAUGAUCCCGAGAGGGGCACCCACUUGCCCGAGUCACCCAAAUUGGAAGACUUUUACCGAUUCUCCUGGGAGGAUGUGGACAACAUCCUCAUCCCAGAAAACCGGGCCCAUCUGUCCCCAGAGGUGCAGCUGAAGGAGCUGCUAGAGAAACUGGAUCUGGUGAGCGCGAUGCGGUCUAGCGGGGCCCGCACCCGUCGUGUCCGCAUGUUACGCAGGGAGAUCAAUGCCCUUCGGCAAAAGCUAGCACAGCCAGCGCCACCACAGCUGCUGUCACUGAACAAGACAGUGUCCAAUGGGGAGCUGCCAGCAGGACCUCGGGGGGAUGCAGCUGUUCUGGAGCAGGCGUUGCAAGCAGAGCCAGAAGAUGAUGGGGACAGAGAUGAUUCCAAAAUACCUGCCCCACCAACCCUGGAGCCUACUGGGCCCGCACCGUCCUUGUCUGAGCAGGAGUCCCCCCCAGAUCCCCCCACCCUGAAACCCAUCAGUGACAGCAAGCCUUCAAGCCGGUCCCUAAAGUCCCGGAAGGUGGAAGAUGAUGAGCUCUUGGAGAACUCAGCUCUGCAGCUGGGGAGCGAGCCCUUGCAAUGCUUGCUCAGUGACAAUGGCAUUGAUAGACUGUCUCUCAUAAACCCUGACAGCCCUCCUGGUACCCCUCUCAGUGGGGUGGGCCGCCGUACAUCAGUCCUCUUCAAGAAGGCCAAGAAUGGGGUUAAGCUGCAGAGGAGUCCAGACGGGACCCUGGAGAAUGGCGAGGACCAUGGUGCAGUGGGCUCUCCGGCUUCCCCAGCCAGCACAGAAGAUGAGCACUGUUCCAGGAAGAGGCCAAGGAGCAGGAGCUGUAGUGACAGUGAUGGGGAGAGGUCCCCUCAGCAGGAGGAAGAGACAGGAGUGACUAACGGCUUCGGAAAGCACACCGAAAGUGGGUCUGACUCGGAAUGUAGUUUGGGUCUCAGUGGAGGACUGGCGUUUGAAGCUGGCAGUGGCCUAACACCUCCCAAACGCAGCCGUGGGAAGCCAGCCCUGUCCCGAGUGCCCUUCCUGGACGGUGUGAAUGGAGGCUCAGACCACAGUGGCUCAGGCAGAAGCCUCCUGAUGCCCUUUGAAGACCGCGGAGACCUGGAGCCCCUGGAGCUGGUGUGGGCCAAGUGCCGAGGCUACCCCUCCUACCCUGCCUUGAUCAUCGAUCCCAAGAUGCCCCGGGAGGGCCUCCUGCACAAUGGUGUCCCCAUUCCUGUCCCUCCACUGGACGUGCUGAAGCUGGGCGAGCAGAAGCAGGCAGAGGCUGGAGAGAAGCUCUUCCUUGUCCUCUUCUUUGACAACAAACGCACCUGGCAGUGGCUUCCAAGGGACAAAGUCCUGCCACUGGGUGUGGAGGACACUGUGGACAAACUCAAGAUGUUGGAAGGCCGCAAGACCAGCAUCCGGAAGUCGGUACAGGUGGCCUAUGACCGUGCAAUGAUCCACCUUAGCCGAGUCCGUGGACCCCACUCCUUUGUCACUUCCAGCUACCUGUAAGAGUGGAACUGGGCCUGUGUCUGCCUGCUCUGCCUCUCCUCUGUCCCUGAGGCACGAGAAGCCUCUUCUGCCCCUGCCAAGUGUCUGACUGGCAGCUUCUUUCUCAUGGCAGGCCCUGACUGGACUGGGUCUCCAAGGGCAAGGCCCAGAAUUGACCAAUCAAGUGGUUCCCCUGGAGGGCCACUGUGUGCCAAAAACUCCCACCCAAGGUCCCCGGGGACAUUCCACUGAAGAAUCACUUAGAAGCAGAAACAGCUGAGAGUCUCGGCCAGCCAGGGAGUGGACCUGGGCCACUGGGCACCAGGUCCUAGGCUGCUUUUCUGGGGCCAACUGCUCCCUCCAUGCCUCUCCCAGCUAGCUAACCAUACCUCAGGGCAGGCAAGGUUCUGACACUGAUCCCAGAGAUGUGCCAGGGUCCCUCGGGAACCCACUGAGCUCCCCUUCCCCCCACAUCACCCGAUCUCACCCCUCCUGUCUCAUCGUCCACACCCAGCCCAGGCUCUCCUUUCCCAUUGCUCUCCUCUCUCCCUCGUGCCAAAUUGACAGCAACAUCACCAAAUCCAUCUUUUUCUUUGAUGCCCAUUUCCUUCCUGACCAGCUGCUAUGUUAGAUUAGGUGUCCGCCAGCCACCUGAGUCCCAGGUAGAAGUUACCCCAGUCUCCCCACACCCACAGACUUCCACUUGUGCUGCUGACAUGCCUAGCCCAGCUGCGUGUACAUGCCCUGUGGAUGGAGUGGGCUUCCCGCCCUCCAUCUGGCUGAGGAGUGCCGAGGGUGGGCCCCUGUCCAUGCAGAAGGCAUUGAGGGUGCCGCCCUUCAGCUGGCAUGCUGCUUGUCCCUCCCCCUGCAGCAGACUUAAGCCUUACUGCGCGCCAUCACCGCAGGGGCACGGGCUGCCCUCCAGCACCCUCCCCUGGCUCUGCUCCUGCUGCCCAGAGCCGGGACACGGCCUUUUUCUUUGUUGCCCUGUCUUCAUCCUUCUCCCCACCUUCACCUCCUCAACUUCCUCCCUCACCUCCCAAAGGAAGGAAAACAAACUGUGAAUGAGGAACGCUGACUGACAAACCAACGCAACUUUCAGAGGCUUCUGCUCUUGACAUUUCUUUUCACCUCCUAAGCACCAAAGCCGCAGGCGGGUUUGCGGACCGCUGAUUGCCAUGUUGAUUUCUAUCUUGAUGUUAUUUUUAAUUGUUUUAAAUUUUUCAUAGGGGGUUUUGGGCAAAACAGUCACUGGGGAGAUCACUGCCAUUUUUACAUACUCAGACUUUUUAAAACGCAGCCAGUCAACCACCAACUUCUUCCACAUUUGGGACUCGAGCCAGAGUUUAAAAGGGAGCCAACAAAAUCACAGAGAGGGCGGGGUUCUGUCCAGUAAAGAGCGCGGUGUAUAUAACUGUAAGAUACUGUCGCUAAGUUAUUCGGGCCUAUACUCUCCAUUAUCGGAAUCCUCCACUGUGCAGCCAUGCGGUGUGGUUUAGUAAAGGAGCCGAUGUGUCCCCCUCUCCCCAGGUAGUUGGUCAGCUGUGGACUCUGUGACCCUUGUCUAAACCUGUGUUGUAAGAUCUCGGGGCUUUCUCCCCGUGUCUCUCCCUCCCCCGACACUUUAUCUUCUAUUUUUCAGUCUCCGAACCUUUCACUCUCUCUGAGUCCCACUUAAGAAACUGCUCCUUUUAGAACAGAAGGCGGCUCAGACCCUGCUGUGGCACGGGGCCUCGGCCUCUGUCGUCUGCUGUGAAGCACACGAUGCUCUAUUUAUUGUAGAAAGUGACUUUAUUUGCCUUCUAGAGUUGUUUAUAACAGAUGGUUAUAAGAGGUAAUAAACAGAAAAUCUAUGCCUGUAAAGAAUACGAGAGUUACUUUUACCUACUAUAAUAUGACGUCUUAUUUUCUCUCUGAGAAAUAAAUGUUCUAAUGGGCA